UUUACUCUCGUGAAGACGUGUUUAUGCAUUAAUUUUUGUUUUUAAAGGUCUUUUAAAUGCAACAUUUUAUAAAUGUUUUUCAUUGAUAUUGUGCGGUGGAAGUUAUGGGCUAGGGUAUUUCAUAUACAGUGAAGUUUUAUCAUAGCUUGGUUAAAGUUUAUGUGGUCGCUAACUCUAGUGCCCUACAUUCCUAUGCAUUUUACUCAAAUGGAAGAAAGUUAUGCAUUCGGAGCGUGUCUUUUUAAGGGAGUGACUUAACAGACGCCAGGAAUGGAUGGCAUCUCGUCUCGUAGUCUUGUUUGAUGGAUUGAGAAACUCUGGUUAUGUAUACUUUAAUUGAGAUAGUGCUAAGUGUGGGAGUGCUCAUCAGUCUCGUUACUGCACUCUCCGCAUGUGUUUGUGGCUGCAAGAAUUCCAAUCAGAAAAGUGAGUUGGUUGGUACGGCCGGUGUAGUCAAAAUCCGUUUUGACGAGGAGGCCCCUUCCCCGGCACCGACGACGCCCGCGUCUAUAAAGCGGGCGUCUACGCAGAACAGCCAGCGCAGCCUGCCCGAGAUCCCUCAGCCCGUGGGUCGCCACGACAGCGGAGACACCGCCUCCGAGAUAUACGCCACCGUCAAUUUGGAUGCUGGAAAUAAGGCCGCAGCAGAACCGUCAACAAGCCGAGAGCAUCCGUACGAGCAUGCAUACGCUAAGCUACAGAAUGACAAUCAUAAUAUUACCGUGGAAAUCACACCUGACAACCGGGAGGAUGAGAUAGCAAUAGACGAGAGAGAUGCGAACCAGUCUGGACCAGAUUCGGUAGUGAUAUCGGCGCGCGUGGCGAUCAGCGGCGCGCUGCCGUCCAGCCACGAGCUGCCGUACAUCACGCCGCCGUCGCCGCGCCACAACCAGCACUUCAGCGGAGACUCGACUGACUCGGCCAAGGGCUACACUAGCAUCUCGGUGCGGGAGCCGCUGAGCAACAUCCGCGCGCAGAGCGCUGCGCCCGCGCACACUCCCGCCGCGCCGCACUACGCCACCGUGUCCGACGACUCUGACGAGAUGUACGCGGCCAUCGAGGAGGCCAUGGCGGGGUCGGGCUCCGACACGUACGCGCAGAUCCCCGAGCCACGCCGCCGCUCCACCCAGGGCCGCGCUCUGCCCGACGACCACCAGGCCAGAAGAAGUGCGCCUCCUGAGAUAGGCGCAUCCUCGUCGAACGCGACUCAUUCAAGACAAGCAUCAUCUUCGUCGUGUUCGAACUCGACGGGCGCGCUGGGCUCGCCCAAGCCGGAGAAGCGCCAGGCCAACUCCCCGCUGCCGCCCCCGCCGCCCGCCUCCGCCACCGCCGCCGUUUCCGCCACCUCCGCCUCCGCCACCGCCACCGCCCAUCCCCAAGCCAAGCACCAGCGCAUCUCUAGCACCGGUGACCUCUUCAACAACGACAAGCUUCGCCGGAGCCUCAACGAGAAGCACCAGCGAAACAACAGCUGCGUCAGCUCGUCCGACUUCUACGGCUGCAACUACCCCGUCGACAAGCAUCGCUUCAGCUCCGGCGACCUCGUCCGGCCGCUCGUCGCCAAAGAGAUCGACAUCGAGCGGCCCGACCCCCGCGGCAGCCCCGCCCGCAACCUCGACGACAUGUACGCCAAGGUCGUGAAGAAGGCCAAGGGGAAACUCCACGAGGAGACCCCCCGCCACGCUCUGCACCAGGGUGACCCCGGCUACGAGACCAUCGACAGGAACAAGUCCAACCACGGCUACGAGACCAUAGCGCACAAGGAGCGCAAGGUGUCCCAGAACCAGGACCCGGGCUACGAAACGGUAAAAGACGUUAACAAAUCUGCGCCGAAUUCCAACUUCGCCAAUAACAACAUGCUCGGCAAGUUGAACCUCGUCUCCGACGGCGGUCCCGACAGCCUGGUCGGCAGCGACGCCGGGUACGAGCAUAUCUCCAAGAUGGACAACGGCGCCUCGGACUCCGAACCCAACUACGAGGUGCUCCGCAACCAGCCGCCGACGCCGCCCUACGCCACCAUCGCGCCCACCUACUCCACCGUCAACAAGCGGCCCGGCAAGUACGCCGACUGGCCCAACAACAACGGCGACCUCGUCGAGUCCACCUACGAGUCCAUGCCGCACGACCCGCUCUACAAGGGCAGCGGCAGCGAGUCCGACCCCAACUACGAGUCCGUCCGCCCGAAGGACCCCAACUACGACGACGUGCGGACGAGGGACCCCGACUACGAAUCGCUGAGACUCAAGGACCCGAAAUAUGAGUCCGUGCGGUCGAAAGCCUCCAAAAGCGACUCGAUGAAGUCCAAGAAGGAUCCGAACUACGAGAGCGUUAAGUAUUUCGAGUUGUCCAAAAAGGAACCGCCGUACUCGGAGGUGAAUAACUCGGCGGCCGGCGCUGGCGCUCUCGUGGAGCGCUCGGACUCGGGCGCCGGCUACGAGCGCAUCGCGGCGCCGCACGCGCACGCGAAUGAGCACGCGCACGCGCAUCGCCAGCCCGCCGUUAACGGCACCGGCACCGGCACCGGCCACGGCGCCGACCACGUCAGCGAUUACUUUCAAGUCUAAACAAGCAACUAACGCCGGAGACGGCGGCGCCCGUGGCCUAGCCGGUUACCCGUCGUGCGAGAUUUUAAUAUGAAAUUUUCAUAACACCAAACGAUUAGGAGUUUUGAGAUUGUGUUUUUUUUUUUUUAUACAAAUUAAAUUGUCUACAAUUUGUAAUACCUCAAAGAUGGAAGAUUUAAUCCAGAAUUAUCUUCGCUAGGUAUCUGUGAUAUAUGUAUAUUAUUAUGAUUAUUUUACUUUUGAAAAAUGACGCGGUAGAAUAACGAGUAACGUGGUGAUGUUCGUUCGUAAUCUCCAUAAAGUAGUGUGUUCAUAAAGUUAAUAAGAGUUACGAUUACGAGAUAUGUAUACCGAUGUAGGUAUACUGUAUGUACAAACAUAGAUUGUAUAUGACGACAAUGUAAUUUAUUGAUAUAUCUGAUUAUUUACUUAAGAUUAAACGUACUUGGAGUGUCGGAGAUACUUAGUGUCUUGAGUGUAAGAUAGUUUGCAUAGUGUUGAUGACACGAGGGGACAUGAGGUGGGGUCGAGCGGAAGGGACAGUAUUCGCCUAAGACUACCUCGUGUCUUCGAUCAAAUACAUCCUACUCGAAGCUACGUCUGCAAAGCAAUCUUAACAAACAGUAUUAAAGUUCCAAUUGAUUGUGGCUUUCGGGUAGAGAUGUUAUUUUAUAUUAUUAAAAUGUAUUUGUGAGUUGCACAGUAAAUGCAUCAUACUGCGCGGGGUAACCUUGCGUACAAAUUGAUAUUUGCGAGUCCCUAUGUAGCAUGGUUUGUUUGCUCGGUCGACCUCUAUUUAGUGGUGACUAUUAUUAUAUUUUCUAAUAAUUUAUGUUUUAUGUUGUUAUGUUGAAUUUGUUAUUUAAAUAAUUAUUUAAGAGUAUUAAGUAAUUAUUCGGUGUCAUAACUUUUACAGUUGUUUGUAAGAGUUGAUUUAUGUGAUUAGUACCUGAGCAUAUUGUUUUACUUUCAUAAUGGACUGACACCUCUACAUUCACGCCUUAAAUUAUAUAAAGUUGUGCUCUUGAUUUUUACUCAUUUAUUGUAAUCUUGAUCCCAAACAGCACAAAUCCAUUGAUAUUAUUCUACCUUUUUGUAACAUUAAUAGCUUUUUUAUAUGUAUAAGUUAGGUAUGUGAUAAACGAACACCAUUUUUAUACCUUUUAAAUUUUCAGUUAUCGCAGUAUUAACUGCGAUAUCGCACAUACGUAGAUUUCACCGAUUUAGGCGGCCAUAAGUCGAAAUAUUGAAAAUCACCACACAAAUAAACAAUUGACAUCCUUAUCUACCUAACAUUCCAGGGCACCUACCCCCACCACUUUCGACUCAUUAGCUAACGGUUGCGCAAAUCUACAGGUAAUCGAAAUCAGGUCGUCACAUGCAGUGUACGUAGUUCUCGGUGCCUUCAGUUUACUUAGUAUUACAAAUUGCAACAACAAUUUUUGGCGUACUCUAGUGUAGUGAAAGUAAUGGAUUCCUAUAAUUCAGGUAAGAAUCUAUUAAUAUAAUAUAAAAGUGUGAAAAAUUUGGUCAGUUUACUGUAUCUACAAAGCAUUUAAACGUAACACCUUUUUUUAAGCAACUUUUCGUAAAUUUACAUUUAUAACUCAUUUAUUUGAUAAUAAGUGUUAUAAAAUAAAUAUUAAAACUAAAACUAACUACAAUUAUAAUAACUAAAGCUAAAAAUUAAAAAUACCUAUCUAAAUUUUGUGCCCUUGGUAGGGUGCCCAUCACGCAGGCAGCGUUCAUGCGCUGGAUUGCUAUGGCCAAUCUUUGCGCGAGAAAGCCGCCUGCGCGUAAAUCUUAUUUCUUUUUGUAAAUUUUAUUUUUAAAAAGUCAUUUUGAAAUACCUCCCAGGUCGUCCCAGGUGUUCUUUAUAUCACAAAAAAUUUGGCACAUAUUCAAAAUUAUUCUAACAAUAACAGUUUCUGCCAAAAAAUGCCAAGCGCCAAAUAGAUGCCAAUCGAAGUUGUCAGGGUAAAAUCUCCAAAAACAGUUUAUAAUUUUCUUUUUAAUAGUAAUUCUUAUUUCUUUGUUACAGAGUCUGUCAAUGCCUCUGGUUAUAUGUAUAGUAGUGACUCGUAAAUAUUUAUUUCAAAUGAUGAUGGACCAGAAUUUACCAAAUUUAAAUGAAAAAUUGAAUAAUUUAGAAAAUUAUCUUAUUGAGUACUAUGGGCUCACCGAAGACGGUAAAAUUACCCUUAAACAUAGCUUUUCCUGAUUUAAAUCGCAAAUGAAAGAUAGAUGGACAAAGGCACAAAGGACUGAAGAAACAUUCCUGAAAAAUAAUGCGACUUUGUUAGAUGGAACUUUUGAAAUUCCGAAGAAUCGGCCAGGACGUCCAAGUAAAUCAUUUGAGGAUACUGAAUUGGCUGCUGAUAUUACAGAGAUUAACCAUGAAUUUAUUCACAGGUGCAAAGUAAUUUUGGAAGCAAUUUCUAGUGGGCACAAAAUAUAUACGUAUGCCACGGCAGAGUUGUACGUUAAUGAGUAUGGUUGGCACCCCAUGACUCCGACGAUGCAUAAAACAUUAUUGCACAGUGCAAACAACGUCGACGUAAACGCAACUUUCCAAUCGCAAUCGGCCAACUUUCGGGGGAGACGGCACAAGCCCGAAAUUAACAUUUUCGAGCAUAUAGACUGAACUUUGCAAGGAAGUUUUCAAGGGAAGAUUGCAACCUCGAUAUCUAUCACAGACUAUUACGCUAUUACUUACAUCGGAUCCUCUUGUUAGCAGUAUGAGGACUAAUAAAAAAGCUCACACAAACCUUUUUCAAGCGAAGCAAUGGAACUAUUGAUGCCCGCCAGUAUUUGAUAAAAAUAUAAAACAUACAAAUGCACAGCAAUUUAAUUAUAAUAAUUAAUGAAUAUGUGUUAUAUUAUUAUUAUUGUAACUUUGCGUUAUUUUUUUGUAAGUCAUAUUUGUAUGAAAAAAUAUAUAUUGUGGUGUAUAUUUUUGAAAAUAAUAAUUGAUUUCAAUAAAAUACGACUAAUUUUUGUUAUAAACCCUAAUUUAAAUAAUAUUAAACCCUAAAAUAAUAUUGGCCGCCUAAAUCGGUCAAAUCUACGUAUGUGUAUCGCGUUAAAAAAACUUAAAAUUGUAAACUAUUCCACAAAACAAAUCAUUCCAGGUGUAAUAAAAAUAGAUCCAAUGACUAUAAAUAAUAUUUAAUGGAAUUAAAAAUAUGCCAUAAACGGUU